GGUAAUCGACCUGAUUAUCAAAUUGCAAGAAAAUGGAAAAGUAAUCAUGACUCAGCCAGUACAAUUGGACCCUCGUUUCACCUUAAUGCAACCUUUACAGGAAAUCCUCUGAUUAGUGGGAAUAUCAGCGGUGGAUCUUUUGAUUUUUCCAAAAGUACAUUGGAAAUAAACGAAGUGAAUAAGGAAGAGGAUUUGGAAAUAAACGAAGUGAAUAAGGAAGAGGAUUUGGAUAGCAAAAUCAACAAAUUUUUUCAAAGUCCCAAUGAACAACAACCCAAUCG